AUGGCCCCCUCGCCCACACUCAGGUGGGUGGUGCAGUGGUUGGUGUCGGUGGCGGCGUGGGCCGCACUCGGGGGCGGUGCGCUCGCGCACUCGCAACUGGCGCCGGCCCUGGUGCCUCCCUGUCCGACGCAGUGCAUCUGCCUAUCACAGUCUCAGGUAGUAUGCAACAGCGCGUCACUGCGCGGCGUACCGUCAGCUCUGAGCUCCGGAGUGACGCAGCUGUCGUUGUCGCGCGCCGACCUGCGCGUGCUGCGCUCGGAUGCGUUCGCACACCUGCGGCAGCUGCGACGGCUCGCGCUUGACGCCUGCAACCUCACACGCAUCCGCCCCUUCGCGUUCCGCGGCCUGCCCCGCCUGCGCGAGCUCUACAUACAGCACACGCCCCUUGCCACCGUCGAUGCGUUCGCCUUCGCCGCCCUCCAGAAUAUCACCUCCAUCGUCCUUACACACAACAGGAUCGCCCAAAUAGAAGGCUACGCUUUCGCCGGCACCAAUUUCAUUCAGAUCAUAUCCUUGCGUAAUAAUCCGAUCAAGAAAAUACUGAAGCAUGCGUUCGCGGGUUUAAACGACGUCGGCCAGAUAGAGCUACCAUCCGGUAUCAGGUCCAUCGAACCGCACGCGUUUGCGGGACUGGAAGGUGUCGGCGUCCUCGAACUGGCAUACAUGGACCUCCCGGCCCUGCUAAUGGAUACAUUUCACGGUAUGCUGCGUGUGGGCCGGUUGGCUCUACGCGAAUCCGAUCUAGGGAUAAUACGUGUCGGUGCAUUCGACGGUCUACAACGAGUGAACAUUCUCGAAAUGUGUAACAAUAAAAUCGACGGAGUCGAGGAGCUCACGCUGGUACAAAAUAACAGUGUGAACACUUUCAAACUGACCGGCAAUCACAUGUUGGAGUCGCCGGAGUCGGUGUUGCUCGAGGUGGAGAACAUUGUGAUACGCGGGAACCACCUGCCAUGUGAGUGCGGGCGGGAUCCGCUUGCGAACCCGCUGGCGCUGACGGGGGACUUCGCCGAGGAGAACUUCUGCAUCUCCCCGCUGAAGGUGCGCGGGCGCAGCCUGGCGGCGGCGGCAGGCGCGGCGUGCCGCGGCGAGGCGGGCGGCUCGGCCCGCGCCCGCGCCGCUGCCGCCGCGUCCCGCCCGCCGCGAGCUCUCGCGCACCCUGCGCCGCACCUCGCGCUUGCCGGGGCUGCGCUCGCUUUCCUCGCCAACAGCUAA